CACGCUCCUCCGGUUCGCGGUUCGUUCGCGAUCUAACCUCCACUUCGCUCAUACCUCAUACGCUCAAGAGGAAGGCGCUCUCCGCCAGCCACAGAACGGUCAGAGCAGUGAAAGUGGCUGCCAGUCCGUCAACCGUCCGCUCAAAUCUAGCAGGUCCAUGCCGGUGGAUCACCGGAACAAGUGAAAGGGGUGCUCGAAUCUGAAACGCGUAAUUUCCAGGGCGACUUGUCACUCGGGGUACGUGCUGUUCUCAUGCGCGGGAGAGUUUUUGAACUAAAGCAGUUUGAACGUGCAUGUGCUUGCGGAAUUUGAAUUUUGGUUGGUGGUGUGUUGUGCUUUGCAAAGUGGUAUUUUUUUAUCAGAAAUAUUGACAUGUGCGACCAAAAGCGAAAUUUCCAACUAUAAAACAUUAUGAAACAUCUCCAAAUCAAUCCCUUCAUUGGUUAUGUAAGGCACAAAACCGGUGACCAGUAAGGUGGAUCUCGACAUGGAUUCGUCCAGGAUCGGACUGGACUUCAUCGUCGAGAACCCCGACUAUAUUAGAAAAUUAGCGGCGGCCCUGGACACCCAAAACGCGACGGUGAAAAAGCAGGUGUUCGAACUUUUGUCGGCGCUAUGCGUCCACAACGAAGAAGGCCGAUCCAGGGCGCUUGACACUCUAGAUCAUUUUAAGAAAUUAAAAGGCGAGAGAUAUAGACUGAGUGUGAUAGUCCAUGAACUCGAUCGAGCCACCCCCGUGGACUAUCAAACUGCCCUGGUGGCCUUCAUUAACUGUCUGAUCAUUUCCACCCCCAGGCUCAACGACCGAACUAGGCUAAGAAACGAAUUUAUAGGAUGUCAUCUACUUCCGGUGCUGAACAAUCUCAGGAAAUGUGCAGAAGCCGAGCCAGAACUGGCUGUCCAAUUGGACGUUUUCGACGAACAACGAGAAAGCGACGACGCUCAAAGUCUCCAAGGCCCCCAUGGGGUUGAUCUCAAUUCCCCUUUGGACGUUUUCUAUGCAAUACUCAAACAGGUAGCCGAAACACCUCAAGAAAUCCCCUUCCUUAGCAUACUGCAACACCUUCUUCGCAUCGAUCCUAAGGAACCUAUCUCGGAUAUCAUCUGGGAUACGGCGGAGCGCCUGGUGCAUCGUGCGACCCUCUUGGAGAAUCGCGAAGACUCCGCGAGACUCCUUCGAGCGCCCAGCACGCAAUCCAAGUUAUUCUGUCACUGCCAACACCGCGUGGAGAGUCCCAGCAGAAGACAGAGUCUGACGGCGCCACUGAGUCCUCCGCCGCAGGCACCUGGCCCCCCUCAUCCUCCGCCAUUAGGACCAUCUCUACCUCCGCCCCCUCCCCCUCCGCCCUUCAUACCCGCGCCUCCGUGCGCGCCUCCUCCCGUACCCGUACCUCCACCCCCGCAGCUGAAAACCAAAACGCGCGCUGCCUCUCAAACCGAAACCGAUACUGUGAUAGACAAAUUACCCCAACAAGAAAUACCUGCACCAAAAACGAAAAUGAAAACCAUUAACUGGAAUAAGAUACCCAACAACAAAGUAGUAGGAACAAAUAACAUAUGGACUCAAGUAGCGUAUUCCCAUCAGCACGCCCCAAUGGCUGAUAUGGAUUGGUCAGAAAUGGAAGGUCUAUUUUGUCAACAGGCUCCACCGUCUGCACAUUCUUCUCCAAAAUUGGGACAUAGGGACUCUUCCGAUAAUUUGGAAAGGAGGAUGAGGAAAGAUACAAUAGAGAUUACAUUGUUAGAUGGUAAACGAAGUUUAAACGUUAAUAUAUUUUUAAAACAAUUUAGAAGUUCCAACGAAGAUAUAGUACAAUUGAUAAAAAACGGCGUGCACGACGAUAUAGGAUCAGAAAAACUCAGGGGUUUGUUGAAACUUUUACCGGAAGUUGACGAACUGGAUAUGUUGAAAUCUUUCAACGGAGAUUUCAACAAAUUAGGAAACGCCGAAAAGUUUUUGAUUCAACUAACCAAUCUUCCCAACUAUAAAUUAAGAAUAGAGAGUAUGCUCCUUAAAGAAGAAUUUGCAGCGAAUAUGGGCUAUUUACAACCUAGUAUUAACUCAAUGAUUAUUGCAGCACAAGACCUGAUGACGAACAAGCCGUUACAAGAAGUACUGUACAUGAUUCUUAUAGCUGGGAAUUUUUUGAACGCUGGUGGCUACGCAGGUGGAGCUGCAGGUGUUAAAUUGACAUCCUUGCAAAAAAUAACUGAUAUUCGAGCUAAUAAACCAAAUAUGAAUCUCAUACAUUUUGUAGCACUGCAAGCUGAGAAAAAAGAAAAGAAAUUACUCUCUUUUACCGACAAUAUUAGCGUUUUAGAAGAUGCUGCAAAAACGACUGUUGAACAAUUACACAACGAAAUCAAUGCAUUAGACGUAAGAAUUAAAAAAGUUAGAAAACAAAUAGAAACUCCAGCGACAGAACCCGAAAUUAAAGCACAAAUGACAGAAUUCUUGCUGAUGGCGGAACGUGAAGUGGCAAGUCUUCAACGAAAUUUAGGCGAGUUAGAAAAAGUGCGAAGAAAACUGGCCGAAUUCUUCUGCGAAGACGUUAACUCCUUUAAAUUAGAAGAAUGUUUUAGGAUAUUCCACGGGUUCUAUUGUAAAUUCAAACAGGCCGUGGCCGAAAACGAAAGAAGGAAAAUACAAGAAGAACAAGCUAACGAGAGAAGGAGACAGAGAGAAGAAUUGUUGGCUACAAAGCGCAGACAAAUGGAAGAUCUAGCUGGUACACCAGACUCUGACGGAUUCUGCAUAGACAUGCAAAUCUACGACACUCGGGGAUCAUUCUAUUCCAAAAAGGGGCGCAAAAAUGGUUCAGAAGACGAAGUUUCUCUGUCCGGAUCUCCUUCAUUCUCCAGACGUAGAUUGGGAUCUUUCAACGGAAACGGUGGAGACAAUACUACCAGCGGCAAGGAGGAAAGAUCUCCAGAUAUUACACCAAAUGGAAGUCUGAGAAGAAGAAGAAGCAGGGUAUUAUCCGAAGAUGAUGAAGGCAACUUAAUGGACUUUCUAAGAGCGUCAGGAGGUGAUAAUAACAGAGAGAGGAAGUCUUGGGGCAGUUUGGAUCGUUCGUGGGCAAGAAAAGCCAGAGGAAGCGGUCCAAGAAAGCGUCCAGCUCUUCUGUCAGCCGAUUUUUCGUCCGAAAGAGAAAGACCUUCAUCUCCAUCCCCAUUGACGGAACAAAAAUCGAUCCUGUCCGCACCAGAGGAGGAAACGAAACCUAAAGAAUGGAGACAGAAGAUCGAGUCGUGGUUACAAGCUAACGAGAACGAUCAGUUAAGCGAUGACCAGAGAAGAGCGAAGAGAUUGACAAACAGAAAGUCGUUGGAAAUGGAUUCAGAGAGCGAACGAAGUAGUACCUUAGAUACCCUUCCAGAAGGAAAACAGGUCUACAGUGGUGGCCAGUCGAACUAUAGGAAAGUCCAUCCGGCUUGGCAACCUUCCAGCACCAUAGAUAGUACUGAUGUAGUUAGCGCUAUGGAAGCAGUAGAAGAAAUUCAACCGCAAGUUAAAGACAAGUCGGCUUGGAGAAAAUCAACCUUGAAUGUUUCCAACAGUACUGAGGCUACAAAAGAUAAUCCAUAUACAGGUCGACUAAGCAUGCGAGAUAAAUCGUUGCAUUCCAUUGACGAGGAUAAAGCAAUGGACCGCAAAGUUUUAAUUAGUUCAUUAGGAGAGCGCAUGCCUACCGACAGGCUUACUUUAUACAUUAGGAAACCAAAUGAUACACCUACACCAUCAACGACUUCGACCAAUCACUCUUACGCUCGACGUACUCCUCCAGAGUCUCAACCGCAAAGUCCGGAUGGUUCUACAAGCAACAAUAAAGCUGAAAUCGAUCAGGAUAACAUUGAAACUCCUCCGGCGACUAGAAGAACUUUUGUACCCACCCCCGUAGAUAGAAGGGAACCGCUUAUGCCGGGACCGUGCAGUAGAAGGAUCGGGAGAAGCAGUAAUUCGAUGGUAGCGCAAACCAGCGACGAACCCGAGGAUGGACCUGUGUUAGGCGAUGGACAGUUUGACAGAUACUCGGCAACCAGGCGUACUAGGCGUUACAAGAGGAACCAAGAGAACCCUGAAAUUACUACCUCAUCACCAACGGAAACUAUUAGUGCUGAAACUCAAAUUAUUAAGUCGCCGACUCAAAUAGAGAUUUCUCAGCCGACAAUCGCUAUUGAACCAGAGCUAGAUAAGGAAACAAGGCUAAAGGUGUGGCAAGAAAAACUGAAAACCCAAGUCGAUCCUGAACCUAGAAAUGGACGAAGGUGGCGAAACCAAACGAAUAUUAAACCAAGUGACGUUGAAAUGGCUCUUCAAUUGAAAAAAGAAACUUCGAAUAUAUCUGCAACCUAUCUUACGCCGGAAACGACCAAGGCGACUUCCAAUAAAAUUGAUAUUCCUUCUCGCAAAACCAAAGAGCACGACAACGACGAAGGCUUCGAAGAGACCCAGAGCCUCAUGUCAGAAUCUCCAAGUCAAGGCGCUUCCUCUGGUGGCGGCAAUUAUGAUACUGAUAUCAUCGAUAGCGCUCAAAUAGUCGUGGCCGAUUUUACUAAGCCGAAACCCAUCAGACAAUUGUCUGUAGAGAGCAGCAAAGGAACGCCGGAUUCUAGCAUUAGCAGCGAUGUGACGUUAUCAAAAUAUAGUCGAACGCCAGUACGAAGUGCCAGACUGCAAUCCUUACCCACGUCCAAAGCCACCAGAAGCCUUGUUAAUAGUCAAAGAAAGCCAAGUCAAGAUAGUAUUUUAAAUAAGAAAAGUAUUAUUCCCAGAAGAUCCGAGAGUCUGAAUAAAGCUGAUCUGAAGAGCAACUCAUCCAAAACUUACGGCAUUCAAAAAUCAAAUUCCAGAAACUCAAUAGUUAGCUCUCGAAGUUCUCUGAACAGUGCAACCUCAACUAGCACCGUCAAAAAGUUACCUCUUAAACCAAAUACUAGCAAUAAUGUAUCCCGCCCGGUCCUGAGAACGCCCAGCAAUAAAACAAUAUCGUCUUCCACCAAAACGAACCUCAAAAGGACGCCAUCUACCGGAAGCAGCGUUGGGAAUCGUCCUCCCAGACCUCAAGCUAUGAGUUUCAUGAAACCGACUGCAUCCAGUACUACUAAGAGCAAUCAAGGACUACCCACCGCCCGAUUUAGUUCAUUUAGAUCAAAGAAUUGAAUAUAAAUUUACUUUUGGUUCAUUCUCAACUCAUAUUAAUAAAUGUGUUAAAAAAAUAGUAUUACUGGGUAUCUCACAUCUUUUUGAAAAUCUUGUCGAACUGAUUUUAAAUUACAAAUCCCCAUUCUGUUCUUAGAAAUAUAAAUAUAUCUAAAACACACAAAAAUAUAGGGUGGAGUUUGAAACACCCUGUAUAUGAAUAAUAUAAUAUGGAGUUGAUAUCUGAAGUGUUUCUGCGAGGACUCUUUGCGUGAAAAACAAUUAAACGAACUUAUAAACUGUCACAUUUUGUUUACUAGUCAGAAAGUGCUUUUUUGCUAUUUGGUAGUACUUAAGAUGUUUAUUAUUUUUUUCUUGAAUAAUUAUUGAAAUAUUCAAAAUGAAAAUACAAUAGUUAGGUAAAUUUUAUAUAUAAUGUUAAUCGUCUAUCGAAUUCUAAGCAUUUUUAAUGUGUAAUUGUUAAUUUUAGUCAUUUGUAUGAAAAAUGUUUUAACGCUCCUUAUUUAUUGAUUUAAUAGACCUUAGUUUUCCGAUUUUUUACAAUUUUUUUCUGAAAUGUUUUAACUCUACAGUAUUAUAAUAAUUUUAUUAAUAAUAAUGUACUAGCAAAAUCGAAUUGUCUAUAAAUAGGAUAUAAAAAAACUUAACCAG